UCUCUGAGAUAAACAUGUUUUUCACUUGAUAAAAAUAAAAUUAUACAAUUGUGUAAAUCGCGAUAACCCGAAGUCGCACGACUUACUUAACAUAUCGUAGUAAUCGUCAAGGGGGGGCCUGAUUACACCAUUUACAUCACAAUCGAGUUCAAUUAAGUGCGGACAUGGCAAUGCAACGGACCUCUACCCCUUUUCUCACCCUCCUCAAACGGCACUACUCUAAUGUAGCCCCCACAACGAAACUCUUCAUCGAUGGCAAAUUCCUCGAUUCGCAAGCCACCGACUGGGUGGAGCUCCACGACCCCGCCACCAACGAACUGGUCACGAAAGUGCCCCAAAGUACCAGAAGUGAGAUGGAGGCUGCGGUAGAAUCGUCAAAAAAAGCGUACGAAACGUGGAAGAAUACUUCAGUAUUAACGCGACAGCAAGUCAUGCUUAAACUUCAGCACGUUAUCAGACGCGAUAUUAAAAAAAUCGCGGCAAAUAUCACCACAGAACAGGGGAAAACCCUGGCAGACGCCGAAGGCGAUGUCAUGCGGGGCUUGCAGGUUGUUGAGCACAGUUGUGCCGCAGGAACCCUCCUCCAAGGAGAGUCGCUACAAAACAUAGCAAGGGACAUGGACAUAGUCUCGUACAAGGUCCCAAUCGGGGUCACUGCCGGGAUCGCCCCCUUCAACUUCCCUGCCAUGAUCCCCUUGUGGAUGUUCCCUCUAGCCCUAAUCGCCGGCAACACCAUGAUAAUCAAACCCUCCGAACGCGAUCCUGGAGCGACCAUGCUCCUGAUGGAGCUCCUCAACGAAGUGGGCUGUCCCCCAGGUGUCGUCAACGUGAUCCACGGCACCCAUGACGCUGUUAACUUCAUUUGCGACAAUAAAGACAUCAAGGCUAUUAGUUUCGUGGGGUCGGACACAGCCGGGAAAUAUAUUUACGGGCGUGGGGGCGCCAACGGCAAACGGGUGCAGUCCAACAUGGGGGCUAAAAACCACGCUGUUGUGCUUCCAGACGCUGACAAGAGCGCGACGAUUGAUCAGCUGAUUGGCGCCGCUUAUGGGGCCGCCGGCCAGAGGUGCAUGGCCCUAAGUGUGGCGAUUUUAGUCGGGGAAACCCGCGACUGGAUCCCGGAGAUUAUCGAACGGGCGAAAAAACUCAAAGUGACAGCAGGGCAUGAGCCGGGGGCUGAUUUAGGCCCGGUGAUUUCGCCCAAAGCCAAGGAGAGAAUUUUUAGUUUGAUUGAGUCUGGGAUUAAGCAAGGGGCCAAGUGUCCGCUGGAUGGGAGAGGGAUUGUUGUGGAGAAGUACCCUAAAGGGAAUUUCGUGGGGCCUACACUUUUAACCCAUGUCCAGCCAUCGUUUGAGUGCUACAAAGAGGAGAUUUUCGGGCCGGUUUUAAGUGUCAUGUUCGCCGAUACUUUAGACGAGGCCAUUAAAAUGAUUAACUCGAAUCCUUAUGGUAAUGGUACUGCAAUUUUCACGAGUAAUGGCAGUCAUGCCAGACAGUUUGUUAAUGAGAUUGAUGUUGGGCAAGUCGGGGUUAAUGUUCCAAUCCCGGUGCCGUUGCCCAUGUUCAGUUUCACCGGGUCCAGGGGUAGUUUUCACGGAGAUUUGCAUUUCUACGGGAAGCAGGGCUUGAACUUUUACACCGAAACCAAGACCAUAACGUCGUUGUGGCGCAAAGGCCAGGCGGCGUCCAACAAGUCUGUCUCAAUGCCUGUGCAUAAUUAAUUUUUGAUUGUUGUUAAUAAAAAAUAUGAACGAG